AUGGCGGGGGGCGGCGGCGGGGGCGGCGGGGCGCUGCGGCGGGUGGGCAAGUACGAGGUGGGACGCACCAUCGGGGAAGGCACCUUCGCCAAGGUCAAGUUCGCGCAGAACACCGAGACCGGGGAGAGCGUCGCCAUGAAGGUGCUCGACCGCUCCUCCAUCCUCAAGCACAAGAUGGCCGAACAGAUUAAGAGAGAGAUAUCCAUAAUGAAGCUUGUCAGGCAUCCCAAUGUCGUUAGGCUACACGAGGUUUUGGCAAGCCGGAAGAAGAUAUUUAUCAUUCUGGAGUUCAUCACUGGUGGCGAGCUAUUCGAUAAAAUUAUUCGUCAUGGGAGACUCAGUGAAGCAGAUGCACGCAGAUACUUUCAGCAGCUUAUUGAUGGUGUUGAUUUUUGUCACAAGAAAGGAGUCUACCAUCGAGACUUAAAGCCCGAAAAUCUCCUCCUUGAUUCCCAGGGAAAUCUUAAAAUUUCAGACUUCGGGCUGAGUGCAUGGCCUGCUCAGGGAUCUUCCCUUCUACAUACGACCUGUGGGACCCCGAACUAUGUUGCCCCAGAGGUUCUCAGUCAUAAGGGAUAUAAUGGCGCGCUUGCUGAUACAUGGUCAUGUGGAGUUAUUUUAUAUGUAUUGUUAGCAGGUUAUCUUCCAUUUGAUGAAGUGGACUUGACUACCCUUUAUGGAAAGAUCGAGAGUGCAGAAUAUUCAUUCCCAGCCUGGUUUUCAGGUGGUGCAAAAUCACUGAUUCGUAGAAUUCUUGACCCAAAUCCAGAGACGCGAAUCAGGAUAGAAGAGAUCAGAAACGAUGAAUGGUUUCAGAAGAAUUAUGAACCUAUCAAAGAAAUAGAAAAUGAGGAAGUCAAUCUCGAUGAUGUCAAUGCAGCUUUUGAUGAUCCUGAGGAUGAUACUGAGGAUGCUUUUGAAGAUGAAUCAGGUCCUCUGACACUUAAUGCAUUUGACCUAAUCAUUCUUUCGCAAGGAUUGAAUCUUGCAGCUCUCUUUGAUCGCAGACAGGACUACGACAAGCUUCGAAAUAGAUUCUUAUCACGCAAUCCAGCAAAGGUCAUCUUGUCAAGCAUGGAGGUUGUUGCGCAAUCAAUGGGGUUUAAGACACACAUUCGCAAUUAUAAGAUGAGGGUGGAAGGUCUGAAUGCCGAUAAGACUAGUCAUCUCUCAGUUAUGGUUGAAGUUUUUGAAGUUGCUCCAUCAAUCUUCAUGGUAGAACUACAAAGAGCAGCAGGAGAUACUUCAGAAUAUAACACGUUCGUAAAUAACUACUGCAGCAAAUUAGAUGAUAUCAUCUGGAAAUUUCCAACUGAGAAGGGAAAAUCAAGGAUACCCCGGCCGCGGCGCCCGGCGCGGGUGGAGGAGGUGGAGUGGCGGUGGUGGGAGUGGGAGGAGCGACGGACCAGGCGGAUGCCGGGCGGGUUGGGGUCGGCGGCGGAGUCGAGCAAGAGGCGGGGCACGUCGUCGUGGCCGUGCCCGGACGAGGCCGAUGAGGACGAGAGCGAGAAGCGGCAGGACGCUAGCGACAGCGACGCCUCCGAGUCGGAGCUGUUGCGGAGGAGCGGCGCUGACGCGAGGCCACUGAGGACCUCGAAUCCUUCCGUCUCGGGGAAUAGAUCUCGCAGGAGGCUGCACCGCUGCAUGUCCAGUUCCGGCAUCACCUGGGUGGCAAAUGAUGUGGACGCGAACCACGGUUACGUGCUGUCGUCAGGGACGCCGAGCACAUCGAAGAUCGCACAGAGUUAUCCGUAUUUGUGGGAACAGAGGCCUCCCGUUAUCGAUGAGCUCCACCAUGACGCUGACGCAGCCAAGGGACCAGACAUAGACCUGCGCAUCGCAGUCGGGCUUCUCCAGCAACAUCUCUGGCGCGUGGCGCCUGGUACCACACCGUGCCGGCCGGCUCCUAUGGGGGGCGCUCGCGCCUGGUACCAGUACCACAGCGUGGUGGCCGGCUCGUAUGGGGUGGGGGGGCGCUCGUCCGUGGACAUGAUGAGCCCAAAGUCAGAUCUUGACAACGCUCUGCCCCUCGCCGAGGAGGAUGGAACAACGAGCGCUUCUUAG